AGCUGUUAUCCACGCUGUGAGUUUGGGCUACACGUUUUACUAAAAAUGUGACUUUGACCGUCACUAAAAUGUACACAACACUUUUCAAGAGACGUCAUUUGUUGACGGGGAAACAUUUUACAUGGCUGACAGUUCAUAAAUGACUGUUAACGGACAUUUUCAUUCACGUGCAGCCCUCGUGGGUCACUGCCCAUCGUCACAGGCUGUCUUUUCGGUUUACCUUCGUUGUUUUCAGACAUUUAUUACAUCCGAUAAUCGAGGUCAGACGUCGGCUAACGGUUGUGUCGUUGCCCACAUCAGUAGCGGACUCUCCGGGUACGGGGACUCAGAGGUGAACAUGAACCCACCAAAGCGACUCCGCACCACAGAAGAUGAAGCAGACACCCCGACAGGAGGGCAGCAGGAGGAGGAGGAGGAGGAGAGAAGAGCAGUGAAUGUGAGUAUUGUCAUGCCAAUGUACAAUGCAUCCUGUUGGCUGGAUGAAUGUCUGCAGGCCAUAUUACACCAAGACUUCACUGGAACCAUGGAGCUCUCUGUCUUUGACGAUGCAAGCACCGAUGAGUCCAGGAAAGUGUUGGAGGGCUGGAGGGAGAGGCUGGAGGCGAGGGGCAUCACAGUCACGAUCUCUGGCCACGACUCUGCAAAACCCAGAGGAGUGGGAUAUGCAAAGAACAAGGCAAUAUCUCAGAGUUGUGGACAAUACUUGUGCUUUCAGGAUGCGGAUGAUGUUAUGUUUCCCCAAAGAGUUCGUCUGCAGUACGAGGCGUCUCUCCUCCACCCAAACUCUCUGAUUGGCUGUAAAGUCCAGAGGGUUCCCGAGGGAUCUACUGAGCGUUACACUCGCUGGAUCAACACAAUCACUGAAGAUCAGCUCAUCACACAGGUGUACACGUCUCAUGGGCCCACAGUCGUCAUGCCAACAUGGUUCUGCUCAAGGAGCUGGUACCUGAAGGUUGGACCGUUCGAUGAAGGAGGCAAGGGAGUCCCAGAGGACUUGCUCUUCUUCUACCAGAGUCUUCGUCAGGGAGGGGGCAUGGCCAGGGUUGACCAGUGCCUGCUAGUGUACCGUUACCACGAGAAGGCCGCCACUCACUCUGUAACAGAGGAAACCAUUUGGAAGCUGCGAGUAGAUUUCCUGCAGGAGAGAGUUCUCAGCCAAUGGGAGAGCUUCACCAUAUGGAACGCCGGGAAACAGGGCCGGAAGCUGUACCGAAGCCUGAGUCCGGCUAAUCAGGAGAAGGUGAAGGCUUUCUGUGAUGUCGACGAGAACAAGAUCCAGAAAGGCUUUUACACGUACGAGGAGUCCAAGAAAAGACCUAAGCCGAAAAUCCCAGUGCUGCACUACAAAGCUGCCUCCGCCCCCUUCAUUAUCUGUGUCAAACUGGACAUGACAGGAGGCGUCCUGGAGGAAAACCUCAACUCUUUGCAGCUGAAGGAAGGAAGAGAUUACUACCAUUUUAACUGACUGCUCAGAGGGAUGGAGACAACAGGAGGAGCCGUGCAGCUUUAACAGGCUCAGAGGAAUGCACACAAACUGAGGGACAUGCAGGUGAUAAGAGGACUAAAGGGGACUGGACACUGGGACAGAGUCAGGCUGCAUCCACACGACUACGAUUUUGUCAUAAAACACAUAACUACUGCUGCUCUGGUGUUUUGGUGCCCCAAAAACUGAGACCUUUGAAAACACUGCUGAGUCAGUUUUAGUUUAAAACCCCGGGGCUGAGUUUUAGUUUUGGAAACAAUGACACAGACAUUUAUGUUUGCUUCCCAGUUGGGUCGUUUCAGUCACAGCUUGUGAAGUCAAAACAUUACAGCCAGGUCUACAUGCCUUUUGUGAUUUUAUCCUUUCUGUAUGGGUGCUCCUUUCCCAUUGCUGUGGCUUCCUCCAGAGAUGGAUAUUGCUCCCAGCACUAUUCUAAUAUCUCGAUGUAUUUGCUUUGCAACGACUCCCAGUCAAUGAUUUCCACUGCCUUGACUACCUUAUACUCAUAUGUUAAUUUAAGUAACAGUUCAACCUCUUUGUCAGCCCAAGCCAAGAAAUCUCUAGUCCUACCUUUUGCCACCUUUGUAGAAUUUUCUCAAACUAAGCAAUCAACCACAAAGUAGACUGUAGGCUGGUUAUGUUAUCUUCAGACUGGGACUACUUUAUAUUCCUCUGCUUUCAGUCUUUAUGCUAAGCUAAGCGAACCAGAUCCUGGCUGUAGCUCCAUAUUUAGCUGUCAGGUAUGAGAGUGGUAUUGAUCAUCUUGUCUAAUUACAAGACAAGGACAAGGACAAUAGAAUGACUAACAUGCAUGUUCCCCAAAAUGUCGACCCAUGCAUUUUAAAAGCUGGAACGUGGAUGUUUAGGCUCAUAGAAGUAACUAUAACUUGACCUAGAGUGGAAAGAUAUGAUAAGAAACAAAAUGGAGGAAUGAUUUGGUAAUAGAAAGAGAAAGAAGACAGUAUUAGGCCUUUAUGUUUCACUCUUCGGAGGACGUGUAAGAAGACAUGACUUGCUGAUGUUUACCAUUGAAAGAAUAAAUUAUUAUUGUGUUUUCUAA